AUGAUGCAACGAUUUGACGAAAAACUCAUUAAUUCAACUGCCAAAGAACUGAAAGAAGCAUUUCAUGCGAAUCUGUCUGAUAUUGGAUUGCUCUCUUUUAUAAGAACCAUUGUUCAAGGAGUUGCAUCGCCUUUAGCCGGUCUAUUAGCCAUCAGUUAUGAUCGUCCGGCAGUUUUCGCAUUUGGUAGUUUCUUUUGGGUCUCAUCAAGUGCUGCAACUGGAGUCAGCCGCUACUUCAGCCUGGUUAAAGCUGGUGCCGGAUUUAAUGGGGUUGGACAUGCAAUUGUUUAUCCGGUGCUUCAGUCGAUAAUUGCGGAUAGCUUUAAGGAUAGUGUGAGAGGUUUUGGUUUUGGUUUAUGGAAUCUCAUUGGUACGGUUGGAGGUAUAGGUGGAACCGUCGUGCCAACAGUCAUGGCUGGUCAUGUUAUCUUCGGUAUCUCCGGAUGGCGAUGCGCCUAUCUAUUGAGCGCAAUGCUGAGUGCGAUGAUCGGGUUUCUUGUUUUCUUCUUUGUCGCUGACCCGAGGGAAAAGAAACCAAGCAACUCGAUUGUUCCUAAUGAUCACCAACGAGAUGAAAACAAUGCUCUUGCUGCAACAAUGGAUAGUUCGAGCUCUUCGGUUUGGAUGGAAUCGUGGGUGGCCAUAAAAGAUGUGGCGAAAUUACGAACAUUUCAGAUCAUCGUAUUGCAAGGAAUCGUGGGUUCGUUGCCAUGGAAUGCAAUGAUUUUCUGGACAAUGUGGUUCGAACUCAUUGGGUUUAAUCAUGAUCAGGCGGCGCUUCUAAACGGAAUAUUCACUACCGGACAAGCAAUAGGAUCAUUAGUCGGAGGAAUAGUUGCAGACAAAAUGUCUCGUGUGUUUCCAAACUCAGGCAGAUUGAUUUGUGCGCAAUUUAGCGUGCUCAUGGGAGCUAUAUUCUCCAUUGUUCUUCUAAGAAUAAUCCCACAGUCAACUAACAGUUACUACAUCUUCAUGGUCACACUCUUUGUAAUGGGUCUAACCAUAACUUGGUGUGGACCAGCUAUUAACUCUCCAAUUUUAGCUGAGAUUGUUCCUCCUUCGCAUCGGACAAUGGUCUAUUCAUUUGAUCGUGCUCUCGAAGUGUCUUUCUCUUCAUUUGGUGCGCCUUUGGUUGGGAUUAUGUCCGAGAAAGUUUUCGGGUUUGACACAAAAAGAGUAGAUAAUAUUAAAGACUCUGGUCGUGAGGCCGAGGCGUUGUCGAAAGGGAUCAUGUGGAUGAUGGCUCUCCCGUUUGGAUUGUGCUUCCUUUGUUACACACCUUUACAUUUUAUUUUUCGGAAAGAUCGUAAAAUCGAUAGAACUCCGAGUACAAGGGAAGUAGAGAUGGUAUGA